AUGUUAUCAAAUCAACGUCCACAGAAAGAUUAUACAAAAUCAAGUGUGCUUGUUAUAUCAAACAUCCCGGACGGAAGUACAUCUGAUGAUUUAUGGCAUCUUUUUUCAGUUCUUUGCGGAUCAGCAUUUCUUGCUGUUAAAUUCAACAAUUCAGAGUCAUAUAUUGCAGUUUUUAUCAAUGUAGAGCAAGCGCGUUUAGCUCAAAAAGCUUUAGAAUUCAUCAUAUUUAAAAAUCAUAUUUUAACUGCCAAAGGUUUGGAUUUCCAGAUCCCUCCCGACACCAUUUUACACAACUACUUCCAGGUAGGAAAUGCCAAUAGAAUUCAGAAAAGCGAACUCGUAAAUAAAAUUCCUGCAAACAAAACCAUAGCUAUUAGCUAUAAGCAAAUCACCGAGAUUUCUAAAAUGCGUAAAUCACGCAAAAUGCUCAUGAAUCAAGAUAAAUACGGCUCAGAUAAUGAAAAUUACGAAAUUAUAGAAUAA